UUCACUAUGACAGCGUUUGACUUCUCGGAUAUAGAGGCGUUUUUGGAUUGCCACCCGGAUCUGUUCGAGGAGUAUCUCGUUCGGAAAGCCAAAUGUGACCAGGUUAGCAGGUGGUUGAAGGAGCAUCAGCCGUCGAAAGUGUCCUCUGUCGAGGAGAAGCGGGGCGCUGCCAUGGACCCACUGUGGCCGACCAGUGCUGACGGACUCCGGCGCAGAUCGUCCCACAUGGAGCUGCGACGGAACUUUGCUCGGUCCAAAGCCACCACUGCACACUGGACAUACGACGAGCACGUGAGUUUGAGCGAACACGAGUCCCAGUCCAGCAUGAGGCGCCGUGCGCUCCUGCGUAAAGCCAGUUCACUGCCUCCCACUACCGCGCACAUCCUGAGCGCCCUGCUGGAGUCCAGGGUCAAUGUGCCUCAGUACGCAUCCAGCGCCAUUGACUAUAAAUACAGACUUAAAGAAACCAACGAGAGGGAGUUUUUUUUAGAGCUCGUGAAAGAUAUCUCCAACGAGUUGGACUUAACAAAUCUGAGUUAUAAAAUCCUGAUCAAUGUCUGCAUUCUUGUGGAUGCAGACAGGUGUUCGCUUUUCCUCGUUGAAGGACCCCCUCACAAGAGGACUCUGGUUUCCAAGUUCUUUGAUGUGCAUUCAGGCACUACAGUCAGACCAUCAUCUAGCACUCUUAACUCCAAUGAAGUGCAAGUGCCAUGGGGGAAAGGUAUCAUUGGAUAUGUGGCAGAGCACGGGGAGACUGUAAACAUCUCAAACGCAUAUGAGGAUCACCGCUUCAGUGAUGAGAUUGACAAGCUGACCGGGUACAAGACUCAGUCCAUCCUCUGUAUGGCCAUCUGCAACAGUGAUGGAGAAGUCAUAGGUGUUGUACAAGCUAUUAACAAAAAUCCAAUCGGCACCCCAUUUACUGAGGAUGACGAGAAGGUGCUGCAGAUGUAUCUACCAUUCUGUGGAAUAUCGAUUUCCAAUGCUAAGUUGUUUUCAGAGUCUCGCAAGGAGUAUGAAAGGAGCAGGGCUUUGCUGGAGGUGGUCAAUGACCUGUUUGAGGAACAGACCGACCUGGAAAAGAUUGUCAGGAAGAUCAUGCAGCGAGCGCUGACUCUGCUGCAGUGUGAACGUUGCUCUGUGCUUCUUCUGGAGGACAUUGACUCACCUGUUGUGAAGUUCUCAAAGACAUUUGAACUCAUGUCUCCUUUGUGCAAUGUGGACCGUGACAUCAGUGCCCACAUCAGCAUGGAGAAGUUAUCCUGUUCUGACUGGCUAAUCAAUAACAGUAUUGCUGAGCUGGUGGCUUCAACAGGACUGCCUGUUAACAUCAGUGAUGUGUGCCAGGACCCACGCUUUGAUGCUGAGGCAGAUCAAGCUUCAGGGUUUCAUAUCAGAUCAGUGUUAUGUGUUCCUAUCUGGAAUCGAACUCAUCAGAUAAUUGGGGUUGCACAAAUUCUGAACCGCCUGGACAGGAAGACCUUCGAUGAUGCAGAUCAGAGGCUAUUUGAGGCAUUUGUGAUAUUCUGUGGCCUUGGAAUCAACAACACAAUGAUGUACAAUCAAGUUAAGAAGACAUGGGCUAAACAGUCUGUAGCACUGGAUAUGUUGUCCUAUCACGCUACCUGCUCCAAGGUGGAAGUUGACAGACUGAAGGCUGCCAAGAUCCCCCUGAGCAGUGAGUUAGGCAUUGAUGAGUUUCACUUCAACGACUUUUCAUUGGACAACGACGCCAUGAUCACGGCUUCUCUCAGGAUGUUUCUGGAACUUGGUGUUGUCCAAAAGUUUAAAAUUGACUAUGAGGUUUUGUGCCGCUGGCUUCUGACUGUGAGGAAGAACUAUCGAACUGUGGCAUACCAUAACUGGAGGCAUGCUUUCAAUGUGUCGCAGUGCAUGUUCGUUAUGAUCACGACAGCAAGUUUCCAGGAUGUCCUGUCAGAUGCAGAGAUAUUGGCACUGAUGGUUGGCUGUUUGUGCCAUGACUUAGACCACAGAGGCACCAACAAUGCAUUUCAAGCUAAGACAGGUUCUGCUCUGGCCCUGCUUUACGGGACAUCAGCCACCCUGGAGCAUCAUCACUUCAACCAUGCAGUCAUGAUCCUGCAAAGUGAGGGUCACAAUAUCUUUGCAAACCUAAGCUCUAAAGAGUACAGCAACAUGAUGCAACUAUUGAAGCAGGCUAUUCUCUCCACAGACCUUACUUUGCACUUUGAGCGCAGAACCAAGUUUUUUGAAUAUGUUCUGUCUGGAGAGUUCAGCUGGACUGAUGAAGGACACAGAGAAGUUCUCAGGUCUAUGUUGAUGACAGCAUGCGAUCUGGGUGCAGUCACUCGUCCCUGGAAGAUAUCCAAACAGGUUGCAGAGCUGGUUACAAGUGAAUUCUUCGAGCAAGGUGAUAGGGAGAGGUCAGAGCUUAAGUUAAUCCCAGCAGCAAUCUUUGACCGCAAUCGCAAAGAUGAACUACCUGCCUUACAGCUUGAAUGGAUUGAUGGGAUCUGUAAACCUCUUUACCAGGCACUGCUGAAACUCAACAGAAAGUUACAGCCAAUGAUGGAUGGCAUCGAUGCCAAUCGAAAGAAAUGGCAGGAUCUCUGCUCAUCCUAUCAGCAGACACGCAGAGCUUCGGUGUCUAAUCAGAGUACAGAAUCAGGUCAGAACACUGAGUCAGGUGAAGAAGAUGGAGAAAACAAUGAAAACCUAGAGUCUAGAGAAACUGCGAAGCCAGUCGAAAACUCAGUGUUUGGGUCAAAGUGCAGUUAGGAUCAAAGAUGCAGAGAAAACAAGGAGAUGGAAACAUAGCAUCUGCAGGAAAGAAGUAAAAUAAGCUAAGUGUUUGGCAAGCUUUGCAUUAAGUUGAAAACAUUCAAAUGUCCUCUGAUUUGAUGAGAAAUGCACUACCCACUAUUGGUAAAUGAAAAGCAGCUUUCAUCUGCUAGGUGUCCCAAGCACUACGUUAAACUCAGGACUGAGCUUUAUCCCUACUGGUCAGACUCCCUCAGACCUCCCUCAGCUCUCAGAUGUAACUGAGAGCUUGUCAUGGGAUGAAUGAGAAUUGAAUAAGAAUGAAGGAUGAAUAAGAAACCAAAGAAGGUCUCUUAAUAUUAUAAUAUUUUUAAUGGGAACUGUGUUAGAAAUCCCAAAACUAUUGGAAUGCCUUUACAAAACAAAAAAGAAUCACUGUGACAAAUCAUAUAAAUUGCCAUUAUGAAUGUUUACUGGAGCAUGAUUGUGUUCUGGAUAAGGCUGUGGUACCUCAGUUGCAAGUCUUUGGCUAUAUGGUGUAAUUUUCAGUGUUUGUGGGUUAAUUGAACUGUUUGGCCAGCCGCUUGUUGUGUGCAACACGUGUAUUUUCUGGGGGAAAACAGGCAGAUAUGCGUCAAAGACUCAAACAAGAGGUCAGGGUUAAAAUUUAAAGUCUGCUGGCUUGUUGUAUGCACGUGUCUCUCUGUGUGUGUGAGUCUGUGUUAUAUCAUGGUUAGGUAGUUAUUUAAUGGGUCUUAAAAUAAUUUAUUGCAGCGGGAUAGUUUAAUUUCCAGUCUCAUAAAAUGUUUAAUGAAUGCUCACUUGAUUGAGAAAAAUACAUGAAUGCCUAUAAGUCCAUGUCCAUGUGUUCAGUUCAGUGUUAGAUCUACUUUCUCUUUACAUGUGCCCCAACUGUAUGCUACUAAUUUUAUUGUUUACUGUCUUUAAACUACACACAGUGGGAUGAGUUUGUCUUACUCUCGCUAAAAAAGAAGACUCCUCAGUGCCCGUACUAUGGCCUUUACAAGAUUUCGGUGUUGUACAUAUAAAAUAUGGAAAAAUAUCCAACUGGAAGUUUCAUAAAGCAGAUUGUGUACAUACAGUAUAUACGGUGCCAUGAAAAGUAUUUUCCCCCUUACUGAUUUCUAAGCUUUGUGUAUUUUUGUCACACUUACAUGUUUCAGAUAAUCAAAGAAAUGAUAAAUGAUGACUUCAUUUAUUAAGGAAAAAAGCUAGCCAAACCUAAUCUAUGUGAAGUCAUGGCCUGCCUCAUUGAAAAUAAUGAAAAUCAUGAAAAUAAUUUGAUUAACCGCGUUUUCAUAUAAAAGAAAAAAGCUGAGUCCAGUUUCAUGAGCUAAACCCAGAACUGAUUACCAGACCUGUUGAAUCAAGGAAUCACUUAAAUGGAACCUAUUUGACAAAGUGAAGUAGGUUAAAAGUCCUCAAAAAGCAACAGCUGAGAAACAAAGUCACUGAUAUCUAUCAGUCUGGAAAGGGUUACAAAGCCAUUUCUAAAGCUUUAGGACUCCAGUGAACCACAGCGGUAAGGACAGCACUAUCCACAAAUUGAGAAAACUUGGAACAGGGUGAACCUUCCUAACAAAAUUACUCCAAAGAACCCAGAACUGCAUCUAAAGAACCGCAGGCCUCACUUGCCUCACUUGCUUCACUUCAGGUCAGAGUUCAUUAUUCAACAAUAAGAAAGAAACUAAACAAAAAUGACAUCCAUGGGAGAACUCCAAGGAGAAAACCACUGCUGACCAGGAAGAGGACAUAGCUGAGCUCACAUUUGUCAAAACUCUGUGGACUGAUGAAGCAAAAGUUGAACUUUUUUAAAAGGUUUGAGUCCCAUUACACCUGACAUAAAACUAACCAUCAUUUCAGGAAAAGAACACAUCAUGCCAACAGUCAAACAUGGUGGUGGUAGUGUGAUGGUCCGGGGGUGCUUUCUGCUUCAGGACCUGGACGACUUGCUGUAACCGACUGAACCAUGAAUUCUUCUGGUAAACCCUGGAGGAGAAUGUCCAGCCAUCAGUUUGUGCUCUAAAGACAAUGCAGGACAGUGACCCAAAACACGCCAGCAAGUCCAAUGGCUCCAAAAAAAAAAUAAAAAAUUGAAAUCCAAUUGAGAUGCUUUCUUCAUGCAUCCUAACUCUACAAUCUGUCUGAAUAAAAACUAUUCUGCAAAGAAGAGUGGGCCAGAAUUCCUUAAUAGCAAUGUGAAAGACUCAUUGCUAGCUAUCACAAAUGCUUAAUUUCAAGUCCUGCUGCCAAGGGUGGCACAAACAGCUACUUUGCUUAGGAGCCAAUUAAUUUUUCAAAUACGGCUGGGUAGGUACGGAUGGCUUUUAGUAAAUGAAAUCAUUAUUUUUAAACUGCAUUUUGUAUUUACGCUGGUUAUCUUUUCCUAAUUUUAUAAUAUUGAAAUUUGUUUGAUGGUUUGAAACAUUUAAGUCUGAGGAAUACUAAAACUAAGAAAUCAGGAAUAGGGCAAAUACUCUUUCAUGGCACUUUACACUAUGCUUUCAUUUAUUUGCCGAUGCAUGGUGAUUGUGUUGAAACUGCAUGCAUCAUAUUUAAUAUUGACGCUGGACAUUAUCUCGAUGCCUUCGACUGCCCAAUGAGAUUUGUUUUGCAUGAAAGUAUUACAACGGAAAUACGAAAUGUUGCUACUGCACUACUGUUGUCGAGAACAGAUACAGAUUUCUAUUUUAGAUCACAAACUGUACCAAAAUGAUACAUUCAUUAUUUUUCAUACACCAGGCUCUAUAUUUAUAAUUAUUCCCUAAAAUAAAUUCUUAGAGAAGACAGGACGGCGUUUCACUUCAGACAAAAAGGAGAGGCAAGUUUUAAAUGUGUCUCCAUCUGGUUUUGUGAAUAAAACUCUGUGGCAUGAAAA